AUGCGUAUAAGUGCAGUCGGGUCGUAUCUACCAAGUAUCCUCUUCUUUGGAGCCAGCACAGGCAACAUCAUCGGUCACCAGCUCUUCAAGUCUUCAGAGAAGCCGCACUACUACCGGGGUUUGCGCGCAAACCUCGCUCUCUUCAUUGCAAUCAUCGUUCUGAUCUUACUUGCAAUGGUCUGGAUCAAGUUGCUGAACCGGAAGCAUGCAGCAACCAGAGAGAGCAUGGGAAAAUCGGCGAUUGUCGUCGAUACAAGUAUGGGAUCUGCGCGUGAAGGAGACGCAGAGGAAGCUGAGAACGCGCGAGCUAGUGGCGUGGGCGAUAAGGCGUUUGACGAUGUGACCGACAUCAAAAACGAAGACUUUAUCAAUGUGUAUUGA